AAUCGCUCUUUGUAUUCUGAUGGCUCGUCACGCGUAGACGGCCUCCGGAAAAUCCCAAUACAGAACGGUUAAUUUUUAUUUUUAACUGUUGUGGAAAACUGAAAAUGUGGUCAGGUGUGUUGAUGGUUUUGGUAGGGGCGGUUAUCGCAGUGGAUGGUAAAGCAUCCGAGAUAGACUUGUCCCAUCGGCACAUGAAGAAAGAAGAGUUCUUCGUGAGAAUUCAACACACCCUGAACAUCCAGGAAGUAACGGAAUUGAAUCUGAAAGGAAAUGAAUUCGACAGUUUUCUGGACUGUUCAGCAAAACUGGACCACUUGAAGAGUCUGGACCUGGCCGAGAACCAGCUCCAGCGGUUCUUCUUUCUCUGCAACGGGGAGUAUGCUCUCGAAUACUUGAACAUCAGUCACAAUCAUUUAGAGUAUAUCGACGAUCAAGCCCUGAAUGAGAGAAUCCCUAAGUUAAAGGUGUUGGACAUCUCCCACAAUAGAAUUUCCGUUAUCAACGAAACUAUGAUCGAACAUAUGAAGGUCCUGGAGUUUCUCUCAAUGGCGCAUAACCCAGUCAUUGACAUCCACGAGAAGGCCUUCGUAACUCAGAAGAACCUGAAGCACUUGGACCUGGCCAACAUCAGCGCAGAGCUAAUCCCCAGCUCUCUCUUCCGUCCCUUGACGAACCUAACAUUCCUGAACAUCUCCUUCAACCCCAUCACCUCCAUCCCCUUCCUCCCCUCGUCCCUCCUGGAGCUCGACCUCUCCGGGACCUUCAUCCUCUACCCCGACAAUAUCAUCCUCCCCCAGCUCGCCAGGUUUCACUUGAACUCCAUGCCGAAUAUCACAGGAAUAGUCCUCAAUGAUUUCGAGAACUUAACAAUGCUGGAGGUCCUCUCAAUGGAGAGGUGUCCCAUCCUCUCGGAGUUCAGGGUCUGGCCUCCGAAUAAUAGGAUUCUCCCGCGUCUGCAUCACCUCUCCGUCAAGGGAUGCGAUCUGGAGACCCUGAAUGAUGACCUUCGGCCAAUAAUGCAGAGGAUCGCUAUGGUGGACCUGCAGAACAACCCCUGGCACUGCGACUGCAGGAUGCAGUGGGUCAAUCGAUUGAAUUUAUCUAGUGAACUCAGUCGAGAGAUUAAAUGUAACACACCUGAACAACAUCAAGGCAAGCUUCUGUCCCAAAUUCCCAACCACGACUUGGUCUGUCUGGAAAUCUCAACAACCACCUACACAGCGAUCUGGGCGUCAAUGUCAAUAAUCCUGAUUCUUUUGAUACUAACGGCAGUCUGGUUAUUCUGGCGAGGUCCCCUGAGACACUGGACACUACCAAAACGCAACGGUGACACAGUUAGCUACAAGAACGUCGUAGAAUCCUCCAACGACUUAAUUAGAAUAUUAGUAACGGACGACAGGGCUGAGGAGUAGCAAGUCAUUAAAUUCGGUCGAAUGAAGGAGAAAAUAAUGGAAUAUCAAUCGUUAUUGUUGCUGGCUCUUAAAGAACCUCAAAUUACUUAUUUAUAAGAAGCACUAGUCAACUGUGGUAAUUUUGAAUCAAUGUAUGGCCCAUUUGAUGGUGAAACCCCAUUGUCCCCCCAUUAUUGAAGCAUCUUACAGUUACAAUGGACCAGCAUUAUCCAAUGGGAAAACUUGCAGUCCCAGAAUACAUUUGACAUGUUCUCUCAGCUCAUUUCAACCCCUUCGUCCUUAAUAAAGGAGAUACAGUCUAGAUACUAAAGAAAACAGUCUACCUGGGCACAAUGGCCCGCAGUGGCUUGACUGCCUUCGAAUGAGACCACGAGUGUAUCCAUCCUUCGUUUCGCUCCACAACUCUGUACCAUUUCCUUUAUGUUUUUUUCAUCUCUCCUCUCGCUUUAUUUCAACGUAACGAAGAGGCGGUGCGUAAAUACACACGUGGUGGGCCGAUUGUUAACAUUGGGGCGGAGGGCGACGACCAGUCGGGCAAGUUAAUGGCGCGGUUUAUGCUCAACUUCAACAGAUACUUAAGUUCAUUUAUAUUCACAUUUACUGGAACAUUUAUUGAGAGAAUAAAUGACGGAGUAAAGAAAA